GACCCUGGAGGAAGCUCCAGCAUCGACAAAACCUAUUUUUCUACUGGCCCAACGCAAUCUUUAUGGCUGCCUAACUACUUCCCACCACAUCAGAAGCUGGACCCUAUUCACCUCUGCAAACUCUCAGUAUAACACACACUACACAGCGGCACGCGACCACAACUUCCCUCUAGGCACCUCUAUUUGCCAUUUCAACACUAUGGCACCCCUUCGGAUCUCCAUACCCACAGCGCAUACCGAGUCAGAUAAUGGCAAAGAGUAUACAUCUUACGAGAUACGCAUCGAACAUCCAUUUCCCCGCGCCACUACGACCCUGCGAAAACGCUACUCUGAAUUCGCCGCCCUCGACUCUGCGCUAAGAUCACAGGCCGGAGCCGCACCACCGUCGUCACUGCCUGCGAAGAGUUGGUUCGGUGGAGGGCUGGGAAAACUUGGAUUCGGAAGCACAGCAGGCUCUUCCGAGAUGAUCGAGAAGCGCAGGGAGGGGUUGGAGCAAUACCUAAAGGCAAUAGAGGCGAGCGAGGAUGGGCGAUGGCGGGUGUGCAAGUCGUACAAAGAUUUUUUGAACCUCGGCGAUCGGAGCAAGAAGCAGGCGAGCUUUCCCGGCUCGCAGUUCGGGAAAGAUCGGGUGAGGGACAGCACCGACUGGCUAGACAAAUACAGCGAGGUCAAGAGCAACCUCUCUGACGCGCGGAGAUGGCUCACCCAGCGGGAACAGGCUACGGCAGCUACAGCACAACAUGAAGCUGGCGCGAACGCAAAGAAGGGUCUCGUUAGAGCCGGCUCGCUGCUUUCCGCUCUGGAAGAGGGUCUCUCGAGAUUGGGGGGAUCUGGUGCCGAUGAGUGGGGCGGGGAGAAGUUGGGCGAGGGCGAGAUACGGCGUCGUCGCGAUCUCAUCAGUACAUCUCGAAAAGAGCGCGAUGGGCUGGAAAGUGUGCUCAAUACCAUGGCUGUAAAAGCCGCCGUUUCUGGCAGUUCCUCCUCGGCGCCGUCCAUGUCUUCAGCCGCCGUGACCAGCGAGCAAAAGGCCGGUCUCUUCAGUCGUGCCAACCAAGUCAGCUCAGGCCGACGCGUGCUGGGCGCCCCUGUUCAAGAGACAGAGCGUACUCGAGAGCUAGACAAUGAGGGCGUGUUGCAACUGCAGAGGCAAAUAGUAGCCGAGCAAGACCAGGAUCUGGUGGACCUGACUGUGGUGGCGCGGCGUAUGAAGGAAAUGGGCGUGCAGAUUAAUGAAGAGAUUAUCGUGCAGAAUGCUAUGCUCGACAGGCUUGGCGAAGAUGUAGAACGUGUCGAUGGCAAGAUCAGGAUUGCGAAGAAGCGCAUCAACGGGAUCAGCUAG